UUGUUUUUAGUUUGGGCAGGGGUUCUGAUUGUUGAAUGAGACAUCAAGGACCACCGACUGACUGAAAAGGACUGGGAUUUCUUAAGGAGUUGGGGUGAAUUUAAAGGGAGGGAGCCAUGGCCUCCCUCCUGAUGCGAAUCUUUCGGUUGGGUGUGGAGAAAAAGCGAGUUCGGCACUACGAAAACCUGAAGAGGGAUGUGGAUCCACACCAGACAUGGGAGACUAUGGGAGAACUGGGAGAUGGAGCUUUUGGGAAGGUCUAUAAGGCACAGAAUCAGACUACGGGGGUCCUGGCAGCAGUUAAAGUGAUUGAAGUGCGCAGUGAAGAGCAGCUGGAUGACUACAUCACUGAGAUAGACAUCCUAGCAUCCUGUCGCCAUACAAACAUCAUAUCGUUAAUGGACGCCAUCUUCUUUGAGGGCUGGCUGUGGAUCCUGAUCGAGUACUGUCCUGGAGGCGCUCUGGAUGAUAUCAUGUUGGAACUGGAGCGUGGCCUUACAGAGCAGCAGAUCAGUGAAGUGUGCUGUCAGUCUCUGCAGGCUCUGUCUUACCUGCACCAGCAUCACAUUAUACACAGAGACCUGAAGGCGGGCAACAUUCUGCUCACCAUGGAUGGACAAGUCAAACUAGCUGACUUUGGUGUGUCUGCAAAAAAUGACAAUACCAUCCAAAAACGAUCAACUUUCAUUGGAACUCCAUACUGGAUGGCGCCUGAGGUGAUUAUGUGUGAAACGUCAAAGGACAAUCCCUACACGACUAAAGCUGACAUCUGGUCAUUGGGCAUCACUUUAAUUGAGGCCGCUGAGAUGGAGCCUCCUCAUCAUUCUCUCAACCCCAUGAGGGUCUUGCUGAAGAUCACCAAAUCUCCACCACCCACACUCUCCAAUCCUCGCCAAUGGUCAUCACAUUUCCAAGAUUUUCUACGGAGAACCUUGCAGAAGAAUCCCGAGUCUCGUUGGGGAGCCCAACAGCUCAUGGCCCAUCCUUUCUCUUAUGCGGGACGAGACGGACGAGCCCUCAAAGAACUCAUUGCUGAGGCCAAAGCAGAGGUCACUGAGGUCAUAGAGGCUGAGUCUUUAUUAGAUCUCGAAUGUUCUGCGAAGGAGAUGAUUGCUGCAGAGUCAGAGCAAACAGUGCCACAACCAGGACAAGCAGUUGAAGAACAAGGACCACAAGAACCUGAGACCCCUCAGAAAACCUCUGUUCCAGAUGCUGUUCCUCAAUCUCCCACCGACUCGGAGCCAAUAGCUGAGGUGAAAGUAACCCGCAGGGCUUCACAGGCCACAGACAAAGCUCAGAAGAGGGCAAGACGCCUCUCGGUUCCAGGAAAUCUCCUCUCGUUUUUUACUGGAGGCUCCCGUCGCAAAUCUGCAUUCUGGGGUGACAAUCCACCUCUUCAAGGAAGUAAGGACUCAGAAGUUUCAAGUGCAGCUGUGGGAACUGUGGAAACUUGCCCUUCAGAUGGCAAAGAAAGUGAAAGCAUGUACAAACUGAAGAAGCAAACAUCUGACUUAGUUGAUGCUCCAAGUAAUGAGGCUGCUGACACCAAAGACAAGGAAGCUAAAGUAGAAACUGACAAGGAGGUAGCCCAGACCUCAAACAACUCAAGCACACCACCACAAACAGAGUUACCAACAGAUUCCUCUGAAAAGGAAACACUAGAUCUCACCAAGGAGGACACUGAUGCUGAUAAGGAAAAUGUGAAGUCUGAUGAUUCAGGAAACAAUGACCAAAUAUUUUGGAAAUCCCUCCAGACACCUGCUAUUAUCAACAAAGACACAGCACAUCCACAAAGCACACCGAUUGUAGCUUUGUGUUUGGAAACACCACUAGCUAAAAGGACUGAAAAGAAUGAGGGAAAUUAUAAAUAUGAGUACCUUGAUUUGGCCUGUCCUUUGAAAACUUGCAAUUCUCCUCCUGCUUUAGAUAUAAACGAAAUCUUAACUGUAGAGAUGCCUUCUAAUAAUGUUCCCGAAGAAGUUUCUGACCUCAAAAAAGCACAACAGACAACUGAACCAUCAGAAAAUGAUGCUGUUGAGGGAAGAACCGAAGAAGAUGUAGAAGAACCAGGAGAACUGGAGACAGAUGGAGGAACAGUGGAUGCAACAAAAGAGGAAAUCAGUGAAAAUGGUAAGGACUUUGAUGUAGGGAAAGAAGAAGAUAUAACUGCCAAUGAAGAUGACAUUACUAUGAAGGUAGAGUGUGAGGAUGUCAAUGAAGCUGUCAAGGAAGAGCAUGCUACUACUGAGAUAGGCCAUGAAGAAGUCAACUCAAGCAAUGAAAAGUCUGAGGAACGCUGUGAAAAAGACCAAGAUCUUUGUACAGAAACAGAGGAAGAGGAGCAUUCAUCCAACAAGGAAGAUGUUACCGUGGAGGUUGAUCAUGAAGAUUUAGACUCAAGAAACGAAAACAGCGAGAACACAAGAAAAUCUGACGAGGAGGUAGUAAUACCAACCCAAGAUGAGAUGACCAUUGGUUCACAGAUGGCAGAGAUACCAUGUCAAAAUAAAGAAGACACCAGUUCUGAAGGAGAAAAGAUCAUCAUUGGUAAUGAAAGAGAUGCUGCUGGUGAUCAAGACGGAGCAAGUCCAACAGAAGUCUGUUCUGAAAAGAAAGUAGAAGAACCUGAACAAGAGCUUCACAUGGAUACUAGUAUACAGAACGUUACAGAAGAGCAAUCAAAACUUCCUGGUGAAGAUACAACAGUGAGUUCCAAAGUUUUUGGAACAAAGUUGAAAAAGGAAGUGAUGUUUGCAGUUCAAGAGGACAAAAAUGAGCAAGAAAGGCCACUUGCAAAUGGCUUGAAAAAUGUAGACUUAAUACCACCUCAUGAAUCGAAUGGAUCCACACCUAAGGAAUCUAAUGAAGACAUCAUUGCCCCUCUUUCCCCUACUGAGCCUCCACUGUCUCCUGGAAUUGAAGGGGAAUUGCACCCAAGCAGGCGAACCGUUAAAAGGACACGUAAAUUUAUGGUGGACGGUCGUGAGAUCAGUGUCACCACUUCCAAAGUGUUUAGUGAGGGAGACAAGAAGGAGCAACAAAUGCGCUGCAGCAGACGGCAGGAACUGCAUGCGUUGAAACUCUUGCAGAGAGAAGAGCAGAGAGAACAUGGCCAGCUUGAACAGAAACUACAGCAGCAGCGAGAGCAGAUGUUCCGCCACAUAGAACAAGAGAUGACUAGCAAGAAGCAGUACUAUGACGGUGAGCUUGAGAGACUUGAGAAACAGUACCAGCAGCAAAGCAGCCAGAUGGAGGCUGAGCACACAUCCCGGCUCAGGGAGGACGCACGCAGACUCAAGGCCCAGCAGGAGAAAGAGCUGAGCCGCAAGAGCAGCGCACUGAAAGCGGACCCUAAAGAGGAGCAGCGGUUCCUGCAGAAGCAGCAGCAGGAGCUGAAUGAAGCUCUGCAGAAGGGCGUUCAGGAACAUAAGAGAAAGGUGGCUUCCAUGGAGUGGGAGAUUACUGUCAAAUCUCAGCAGCUCAAGCGAGCGCGUGAAGCAGUGAUUUGGGAGUUAGAACAGCGCCAUCUACAGGAGAAGUACCAUCUAUUCAAACAGCAGGUGAAGGAGCAGUACUCCCUGCAAAGACAGCAGCUGACCAAGAGACACAACAAGGAUAAGGAGAGAGCGUCUCGGUUCCAGCAAGCUCUACUGGAGGAGCAGAAGUCAUUGCAGGCCCAGGAGAGAGUAUCCUUCCAGAAGGCCCAAAAAGCUGAAGCAAAGUCCUGUUUGAAUCAGUUCAAGAUGGAGCUCAAAAAGCAAGGUCUGAGUGGUCCAGAGCAGCGACAACGUCUCACACAGUUUUUGUCAGAGGAGGAGGCAAGACAGAAGCAAGAGAGACAGAGUCUUCAAGAGAGUCAUGAGAACCAAUUGAAAGUGGUGCAGGAACAAUGUGAUGCCAGUGCAGCUGAACUACAGCAGCUUCAGAAUGAGAAGCUCCAAAUUCUUGUGGAAAUGGAGAAGAAAAAGAUCAAAGCUCUGGAGGAUGAACACACUCUGGAGCUCAACGAAUGGAGAGAUAAGCUUGCGUGUAGAAAAGAGGUGUUAGAGGAAGACCUCGCUCGUAGACGUAGAGAAAAAGAAGGAAACAGGAGACGAAGCAGUGAGCCGGAAAACCGGCAUGCAGCUCGCCGUUCAAAGUUCUUCCAUAAUCUAAGCUUUUCCUGACAAAGUUAAGAAAUACUCUAAACCCCAAUGUCUUUAUAAACCGUAUAUGUACACUACUUUUUGAAAGUUUCGGGUCACUAUGAUUUUUUUCUUUAAGAAAUUAUUUAUUUUUUUGCAUUAAAUUGAUCAAA